AUGGUGAAGAGGAAGAGCUCCGAGGGCCAGGAGCAGGACGGCGGCCGCGGCAUCCCCCUGCCCAUCCAGACCUUCCUGUGGCGGCAGACCAGUGCAUUUUUGAGGCCCAAAUUGGGGAAGCAAUAUGAAGCCUCUUGUGUGUCCUUUGAGCGAGUACUGGUAGAAAAUAAGCUGCAUGGCCUCUCUCCAGCUCUGUCUGAAGCCAUCCAGAGCAUUUCCAGAUGGGAGCUGGUGCAAGCCGCUUUGCCUCAUGUCCUCCACUGCACUGCAACCCUGCUGUCGAACAGAAACAAGCUAGGCCACCAAGAUAAACUGGGUGUCGCCGAGACCAAGCUCCUUCACACUUUGCACUGGAUGCUCCUGGAGGCCCCCCAGGACUGCAACAGCGAGAGGUUUGGGGGCACAGACCGAGGCUCUAGCUGGGGUGGCAGCAGCAGCGCCUUCAUUCACCAGGUUGAAAACCAGGGCUCUCCGGGGCAGCCUUGUCACAGCAGCCCCAAUGAUGAAGAAGAGAACAGCCGAAGGAAGAUCUUCCAGAACUCCAUGGCCACCGUGGAGCUCUUUGUGUUUCUAUUUGCUCCUCUGGUGCAUAGGAUCAAGGAAUCUGACCUCACCUUUCGUCUGGCCAGUGGGCUCGUGAUAUGGCAACCCAUGUGGGAGCACAGACAGCCUGAAGUCUCUGGCUUCACAGCUCUGGUAAAGCCCAUCCGGAACAUCAUUACAGCCAAGAGAAGUUCUCCUAUCAACAAUCAAAGUCGGACCUGUGAAUCACCAAAUCAAGACACAAGUCACCUAGAGGGACUCCAGGUGGUCUGUGAAACAUUCCAGUCAGACUCCAUCUCACCUAAGGCCACCAUUUCAGGCUGCCACCGAGGAAACUCCUUUGAUGGAAGUCUGUCCUCCCAAACUUCCCAGGAAAGAGGUCCAUCACAUUCCAGGUCCUCUCCUGUGAUACCUCCAUGCCAAAGGUCCCGCUAUGCCACCUACUUUGACAUUGCUGUUCUCCGCUGCCUACUUCAGCCCCAUUGGUCUGAGGAAGGCACUCAGUGGUCUCUGAUGUACUAUCUGCAAAGACUGAGACACAUGCUAGAAGAGAAGCCAGAAAAACCUCCAGAGCCAGAUAUUCCUCUUCUGCCCAGACCCAGGAGUAGCUCUAUGGUGGCGGCCGCUCCCUCACUAGUGAACACUCACAAAACCCAAGAUCUCACCAUGAAGUGUAACGAGGAGGAAAAAUCUCUCAGCCCCGAGGCCUUUUCCAAGGUUUCGCUGACCAAUCUGCGUAGGUCUGCAGUCCCGGAUCUUUCUUCAGACCUGGGCAUGAACAUUUUUAAGAAGUUCAAGAGCCGCAAAGAUGACCGAGAGAGGAAAGGCUCCAUUCCGUUCCAUCACACGGGGAAGAGGAGGCCGCGGAGAAUGGGAGUGCCUUUCCUCCUUCACGAGGACCACCUGGAUGUGUCUCCCACCCGCAGCACAUUCUCCUUCGGGAGUUUCUCUGGGCUUGGAGAAGACAGGCGAAGCCUUGAAAAAGGAGGCUGGCAAACCACCAUUUUAGGGAAACUGACCCGGCGGGGCAGCUCAGAUGCAGCCACUGAGAUGGAGAGUCUUAGCGCCCGGCACUCCCACUCCCACCACACCCUAAUGAGCGACCUGCCAGACCCCUCCAACAGCCACGGAGAAAACACCGUCAAGGAAGUGCGAUCCCAGAUCUCUACGAUUACAGUUGCGACCUUCAAUACCACGUUGGCGUCUUUCAAUGUAGGCUACGCAGACUUUUUCAGUGAGCAUAUGAGGAAGCUCUGCAACCAGGUGCCUAUCCCAGAGAUGCCACACGAACCCCUGGCCUGUGCAAACCUGCCUCGAAGUCUCACAGACUCCUGCAUAAACUACAGCUACCUGGAGGACACAGAACAUAUUGAUGGGACCAAUAACUUUGUCCACAAAAAUGGAAUGCUUGAUCUUUCUGUCGUUCUGAAGGCUGUCUAUCUUGUCCUUAACCAUGACAUCAGCUCCCGCAUCUGCGAUGUGGCACUAAGCAUUGUGGAAUGCCUGCUUCAACUGGGUGUGGUACCCUGUGUGGAAAAGAAUAGAAAGAAGUGUGAAAACAAGGAAAAUGAGACUUUGGAAAAAAGACCAAGUGAGGGGACUUUCCAGUUCAAAGGAGUAUCUGGAAGUUCCACCUGUGGAUUCGGGGGCUCUGCGGUUAGUGGAGCUGGAGAUGGUGGAGGAGAAGAAGGAGGAGGGGGAGAUGGAGGAGGAGGUGGAGGAGGAGGUGGAGGAGGCCCUUACGAGAAGAAUGAGAAGAACCAAGAGAAGGAUGAAAGUACACCUGUAAGCAACCAUAGGCUUGCUCUAACCAUGCUCAUCAAAAUAGUGAAGUCUUUGGGGUGUGCCUAUGGUUGUGGAGAAGGACACCGAGGGCUCUCUGGAGAUCGUCUGAGACACCAGGCCCAGAACUGCCUCACUAAGCUAUACAAGCUAGAUAAGAUGCAGUUUCGACAAACCAUGAGGGAUUAUGUGAACAAAGACUCUCUUAAUAAUGUAGUGGACUUCUUGCAUGCUUUGCUUGGAUUUUGUAUGGAGCCAGUCACUGACAACAAGGCUGGGUUUGGAAAUAACUUCACCACAGUGGACAACAAAUCCACAGCCCAAAAUGUGGAAGGCAUUAUCGUCAGUGCCAUGUUUAAAUCCCUCAUCACACGCUGCGCUUCAACCACACAUGAGCUGCACAGCCCUGAGAAUCUGGGACUGUAUUGUGAUAUUCGUCAGCUGGUCCAAUUUAUCAAAGAGGCUCAUGGGAAUGUCUUCAGGAGAGUGGCUCUCAGUGCUUUGCUUGACAGUGCCGAGAAGGUAGCACCAGGGAAAAAGGUGGAGGAGAAUGAACAGGAAUCUAAGCCUCCAGGCAGUAAAAGGUUGGAAACUUGAGCUCCCUAAAUAUUAGCGUUUGCCUUCUGUCAGUAGAAUA